ACUCGUCUUCCUCGCAAGCAACCGCUUCUCGCCGGCCGGGCCGCCGUCUCGCGCCCUCUCCGUGCUAGUCCUCGUAGAGGCUUCUGCGGUCGCUGCGGAGGCGUCGCCCGCUGCUUCCUCGGCCGAUGAACCGCUGCCCUGUUUCCUCUCAUACAAUACAAUGGUGUCGAGGCCUGUAAUUCUUGUCUUUCUGUUGGUGAUUCUCAUAGUUACGUCCCAGUUUGAAUGGAAGCAACAGCUUGUCAAUGAGUUGGAAUCUACGACUCGCAACCAGAAACAUAUUUCAAGUAGAGAGGAGUUUGUCAAGGAUAAGAUAAUCUUAUCUCAAGAAAAGAUGAUUCAGAAAUUGAAUGACUUCAUCCAGAAUCUUCAGCAACAGUUGCUGCAAUGCCGUGAAAAUAAUAAGACAGUCAAUUCUUCUCGGACUUCUUUGACAUCUUAUAUUAGUGAGAUCCAGAGGCAGCAAAUGAUGGAUGAUUGAUAAUGCCGUGAGCUAUAUGGAUUAAAAAAAUGGGAUAUUAAUAGAGUCAUGCUGGUAGAGAAUUUCUCCCAGUAAAAGCAGUUAUAAUGUAGUAUUAGCCUGCACAGAAUAGCAUUAGAUUAAUUGCAAAGCGAAAAAGAAUACUGAUUCUUCGAGAAUCUAUGUAAUUGUAUUUUCCCUUACCUCAAAAAACCUUUAUACUAUUCUUUUUGUUUUGUUUGACAUCUACAUAUAUUCAUAACUUAAACUUUAUGUUCCAUCAAUUUUUCA